CGACACCCAAGACGUUGCAAAAACACACAAACAAAAACACACCUUUGUUCAUUCGAGACCCUAUCGACUUGAUAUCGUCGCCCAACCAACGCAGUUGCAUGGCCGGUCGCAUGUAGGCCCUCAAGACCAUGUCGUCCGAGGCCAUCCGCGCCCCCGCGCAAGAAGAGCUCGUCUCUACCUCGGAGCCCGCGCUUUCCAACAACACCUACGACUCGACCAGAGCUAAUCAUCAUCACGACUCCGACCGCAAUCCGAGUGAGCCUGCAACUACAGCCAACCAUGCCGCUGUGGACGUCGACGACGUUACUGCUGAUGCCGAGCCUGCCGAACCCGCUUUCCUUCAUUCGCCCCCUGAUAGCAACAACAUGGCAAAAUCCGAAGCCUCCGACUCGGAAUUGAGCGACCUCGACGACGAUGCCGUUGGCCUCGGGCCUGAUGCCAACUCCGCCCCAGUCUCCGAUUCGGUCCCCGAUCCCGUCCCCGUUCCCGUCCCCCAGCCCGAGGAACUCAAGGCAGAAGAUGACAUCGGUGACAUCGAGCCUGCUGACUGGUCUGGCCAAGUUCCCAUCUUCCGGCCGACCAUGCAUCAGUUCAAAGACUUCAAACGAUUUAUGGAAAAAAUCGACAGCUAUGGUAUGAAGUCAGGCAUCGUCAAAGUCGUCCCUCCUAAGGAGUGGAAGGACUCCCUCCCCAAGCUCGACGCGCUUGUCAAACACAUCAGGGUUCGAGAUCCGAUCAAACAGGAUAUUAUGGGCUCCAACGGCACCUACCGCCAAGUCAAUAUCUUACACCAACGCUCCUACAACCUGCCCCAGUGGCGGAAACUCUGCGAUCAGAGCGAACAUCAACCUCCGGCUCGACGAGGCGAGCGCCGCAUUCAGGCUGAUAGGCCCAAGCCCAAGCCCAAGCCCAAGCCUGCGCCGAAGCCCCGCGCUGCGGCCGUCGCCAAAACUACCGCCACCCCUGCCAAGACGCGUGGUCCAGGGAGACGGGGGAGGAAGAAGGGUGGCCGAGGUCGUCCCAAGCGCGAAGCGGAGCCCGAAGACCGUCCGUUGACCCCCGAAUCCCCCCGACCCGACGAAGACGAGCCGACCAUAAAGAAAGAAGCGAUCGAAUCCGUCGAGAACGAUGAUCCCGGCAUGGAACUCGACGGGGAUGACGAGCCGACUCCUACCACGGCCAGGAUGGGCAGGAUGGGUCGUAUGGGCCGCAUGGGCGGUGCGGCGAAACCUGCCAAGGACACGACCCAGACCGUUUCUGCCCGCCGGAAGUACUGCCGCCGUGAGGGCUCAGCAAUGAUCGACGAGGAGCUCUUCAAGGACUUCGAUUACGAUAUGGACACUUCCGAGUACACCCCGGAGAGGUGCGAGGAGCUCGAAAGAGCCUACUGGAAGACUCUCACCUACGCGCCUCCACUAUAUGGCGCCGACCUCAUGGGCACCUUUUUCGAUGAAUCGACCGAGACGUGGAACCUGAACAAGCUGCCCAACCUCCUCGAUGUACUGGGGACGAAGGUUCCUGGUGUCAACACGGCCUAUCUUUACCUCGGCAUGUGGAAGGCUACCUUCGCCUGGCAUCUCGAGGAUGUCGACCUCUACAGCAUCAACUAUCUCCACUUCGGUGCACCCAAGCAGUGGUAUAGUAUCGCUCAAGCCGAUCUCCCCCGCUUCGAGGCCGCCAUGAAGAACAUCUGGCCCACUGAAGCCAAAUCCUGUAACCAGUUUCUCCGCCACAAAGGCUUCUUGAUCUCUCCGCAGCACCUCAAACAGCACUACAACAUCACCGUCAAUAAGUGCGUAUCCUACCCCGGCGAGUUCGUCGUCACCUAUCCAUAUGGCUACCAUUCGGGCUAUAAUCUGGGUUACAACUGCGCCGAGGCCGUAAAUUUCGCUCUCGAUUCUUGGCUGCCCAUGGGCAAAGUCGCCAAACGGUGCGAGUGUGCCCAGGCCCAGGACAGCGUCUGGGUUGAUGUAUACGACAUUGAGCGCAAGCUGCGGGGCGAGGAGACCGAGUUCGAAGAGACAGAGGAGGAGGAGGAGGAGGAGGAAGGAGAAGACGAGGACGAAGAGAUGGUAUCCGGUCUUCCAAGCCCUGCAUCUAGUCACACCGUCAAGAUAAAGGUACCUUCUCGAAAGCGGAAGCGCGAUGCCAAGGACAAGGAUGCGAAGAAGAAGACUAAGAAGAUCCGUCUCCGCGUCAAAUCUCGUCCAGAGCCAGUUUGCUGUCUCUGCCCCAAUGAUUUGCCAGGUGCCGAGGUUCUGCCCACCGAUGACGGGCGGAAGGCUCACCGAAUGUGCGCCUUGUACUUGCCAGAAACGUACAUUGACACCGUGGAUGGUAAGGAGGUGGUUGCCAAUGUCGCCAAUAUCAACAAGGAUCGUAUGGACCUGAAGUGCUUGUUCUGCCGGUCGAAACGCGGCGCCUGCUUCCAAUGCUCGCAGAACAAAUGUGCGAGGGCAUACCAUGCCACCUGUGCUGCCGCGGCUGGUGUUUUUGUCGAAGAGGCCGAAGUGCCUGUUUUCGGCGAAGACGGCACCGAGUACAAAGAACAAGCCUUCGAGUUCAGUUGCCGAUUCCACCGCACGAAGCGAGACAGGAAGCUGGGAGGGCACGUCUUGGAAGAAGACACGCGCAUUCGAGACGCCGCCAGGGCUUUGCGAAAGGGCGACAUCUGUCAGGUCCAGUAUUACAGGGGAGACAUAUUUGCCGGUGUCGUCGUCGAGAAUAACAGAUCGGAGGAGACACUGCUCCUCGACGUCAUCCCCAACAGGGACCUCGUGGAGGUUGGGUGGAAAUGGCUUCUGCUGCCUGAUCCGGCCGAUUAUCGCCUUCCGAAGGCUUCCGUCAACGCGAUCCCUCUACCGUCGUCACAGAAAGCCAAGGAUCGACUCAACGCGAAGCGUGUACUGGACGAGAUUCCGAGGAAAGACGACCGGUUUGUGGACGGGGGCUUUACCUGGGCGGAGUUCAAUACUUGCGACGAGUUCCAGAAGAACAAGGAUCAGGCGAAGAUCGACCUGGCGGCCAAGGACAACCAGGUCUGGUACUAUCUUGGAGCGACGUCUACUGAAGCCAAGCCCCAGUAUACCGAAAACCCGAUGCUUUCACGUCACAACCCGAGGAGCAAUUUUCUCGACAGCAUCCCGAAACCGCCGAAGCCACCGAAGUUGGCCUCACAACAGGUCAACUCUCAGCGGCGCGCAUCAUAUGUGCCACAACACCCAUCUCCCUUGGCCAAUGCUACUUCGUUGCCAGGCUCAGCCAAUACUGCUGCUGCUGCUGUCAAUCCGAGAAAGCCUUACGUAUACAAACCCCGGAAACUCAUCCAGCCCACAUGGAAUCACACAUCAUCUCAGACCUUCGAGGCGGAGCAGGUUGCGCCCAGGCAGUCAAGCUCGCCGUAUCCACCCGGCCAGCAGCUCGGGUGCGGUACCGACCCACGCUUCCAAGGGCAGGAUGGCCAAAGCUCUCAGGCUACCCAGUUCGUGUUCGCACCAUCCUCCUAUACUACGCACCCGACCUACCUGGCGUACACAAGCCCGCCCGGUCUGCCUCCUGCAGCCGCACCGGUAAGCCAGACACCGCCACAGGCACGCUGGGCCCCGCAGUCGGUGCAGCCACAGCAGAACCAAUAUCACGCCCCGCGUAGUCAGCAACAGGACGCUCGACAGAUCCCAAGCCAACCCCACCAGGUUCUUCAGGGGGACGCUUCGAAGCAACAGCCGGCCCAUGCCCCGGCCCCGGCGAGCCAACCUCGCCCAGCAUUAUCAAGUCGGCCUGUCCAACCGCCGACACAACGGCGAACGACUCACGCUUCCACCGCGCAACACGAACCGUCAUGACUCUAGCACGUACAGGACGCCGUAUAUUCCAAGUUCUCUGGGAGGCGGUUUCACCAACGGAUAUGAAGGCAACUUCCGGGCUCACUUGCUCCAGUCCACGGCUGCGGGGCUGUACCGCACCGUUCGUCCCGGGUCAUCAAACAACGCUACCAACACCACGUCCCAUUGGUCUGCCGUUUCCCAUAAGGCGUCCCAGUCUCCAGUCCCGCCGGGUCCCUCGGGGCAGCAUCAAUGCCAGGC